AUGAACACUCAGCCAAGACAGAAGAUGGAAGCUUCAUCUCUGCUACAUUUUCUGCUCAUCGUGCAUCUGACCUUCUCAAGAUCUGCAGUAAAUGGGCAAAAACAGGUGGUGGUGACACAACCAGAGGUGGUGAGAGCAGAGGCAGGAGGAACGGUGGCCAUCACCUGCUCGUUUGCAUCUUAUAUUCCCUCCUACUCUGUGACAUGGACCUUAGGGUGCAAUACUUCUGAGAAACUUCAGGAUCUCACGUGUUUCCAACGCAGGAUAAACAUCUCUUCCCCAGAUCCUGGUCAGACACCACACAGCCCACAUGGAGAACCCAACUAUGAGGUGAAUGUGACAAUCAUUAUCAUCAACCUGACAGAGAGCGACUCAGGAACCUUCUGUUGUCAUGUAAAGACUCCUAAUAUGGCGGGAACUGGACCUGGAACAAGACUGGAGGUCACUCCGAGAUCUAUUCCUGCAGAGCCCAUUCAAGCAGUGUGCCUCCUAGUGGAAAUCAUACACAUCGCCUGCCUCAUUAUCCUAAUCAUACUCCUGGGCAUUGCUGUCAAGAAGUCCUGUUAAUGCGCCAUCUUCGCUUAUGACCCCCUAUAUACUAUUGGUUUCCUUUCUCUAUAGUAUAUUAGUAAUGAUCGGCACAAAGCCUAAUACCUGAAUUGGACGACCGCACGACGGACCACACAUUGAUAAUCAGCAGUGAUUUUGGAGCUGCUGUAAGAAUUGAUAAAGGGGUACUCUGACGAGAGACAUAUAUGCCAACGUCUUUUACAAGCUGGGCCACAAAAAAGGGUGGAGUUUGCAUAUAAUUUGCAUGAAAAUAGGUGUGUCUGGCAGGUUUAGGGCGUGGCUUCCAGGUGACAGACGUCUCUCCUUCCCUGUCUUUGCUCCUCUCUCUCUCUUAUCUGUGGUUCAGGACUUAACAUGAAAUGUAUUGGAAUUAAUAGAAAAAAAUAAA